AUGGCCGUUCGAUCCCUCGUCGCGACCCUCCUGCUGGCCUCGUCCGCCCUGGCCAAGACCGACCUCGCCGGCUGCACCUACACCGACGUCGUCGUGAUGCCCAGCGGCCGUCCCGCCUACGAGGCGUACGGCAGCCGCAUCUGGUACGUGCCCGGCUCCGGCGAGCUGUGCGACUUCCUCGACUGCGGCGGCGGCCGGGCUCCCCCCAAGACGGACGUGCCCGGCUGCCCGCUGUACUCGGGCACCGCGACGUACUCGCCCAGCUACCUGGACCUGCACACCAACGCCGCCGCCGCCGCCGCGGGCCAGGCCACGGCCACGGGCUCGUCCGGCAGCGUGUCCACCACCGCCGCCGAGGCCCAGGUGACGACGCAGCCCACCGCUGCCCCGGCCACGACCUUUGAGACGUCCGUGUCCGAGACGGCGUCCGAGGCUGGCAGCUCUUCUUCCACCACGGCCGUCCCCCCCGUGCAGUCGAGCGCCGCCGGCUCGUCCUCGUCUUCCUCGUCCACGGCCACGGCCACUGCUUCUCAGGGCCUGACCACCGGCACCCCUGGCCGCAACGGCACCGUCACCGGCGCCCGCCCUACCAGCACCUUUACCACCAACGGCGCCGCUCCCACCGGAGUUGCCAUUCUCGGAUCUUGCCUGGUUGCCGGUGUUGCGGCCAUUGGUCUUUUGUAA